AUGGAGUCCACAGCCAACUCCAGUCACAUUAAUCUCUCUGAACAGGAGGGAGAGAAGACGUUGACUGGCGAUAUCUCCACUAAGCAAGAAAAAAAACUCCAACCUGCAGCGGCUGAGCUCAACGCCGAACAUCCACCAGUCGAACCGACCACAAAUGAGGGAGCCGAGCAUCCAACGGGCCCCAAACUAGCGUUGAUUACACUGGCAUUAUGCUUGGAUAACAGCAUCAUCGCCACGGCGAUUCCAAAAAUCACGAGCCAAUUCCACAGUCUCGAUGAUGUUGGGUGGUACGGAAGCGCCUACCUUCUUACCUCAGCCUCACUUCAGCUGCUCUUCGGAAAGUUUUACACUUGCUUCAAUGUCAAAUGGACCUAUCUCGUCGCUAUUGGCUUAUUCGAGCUGGGCAGCCUGAUCUGCGGCGUGGCCAACAGCAGUCUGACGCUGAUUAUGGGCCGUGCUGUUGCUGGCAUUGGGUCUGCGGGUAUUUUCUCAGGCUCUCUCAUCAUGAUCGCUCACUCAGUGGCCCUGGAGAUGCGCCCAUUAUACACCGGCCUUAUCGGUGGCAUGUUCGGUAUUUCAUCCGUGGCUGGGCCUCUGCUCGGUGGAGUUUUCACCGACAAGGUGACAUGGCGGUGGUGCUUUUACAUCAAUCUUCCUAUCGGGGCUGUCACUGUCUUGGUGAUUGCAUUCUUUUUCCCUGCUCCGAACCAGCAUACCAAAGAAACGACGUGGAUGGAGCGCAUUAAGAAGUUUGACCCUAUGGGUACAACUCUUUUUCUCCCUGCCAUUAUUUGCUUGUUGCUAGCUCUGCAGUGGGGUGGUACCAUCUAUGCCUGGAAUAACUGGCGCAUCAUUCUGCUGUUUUGCUUUUUUGCUGUCCUCGUUUUGCUCUUUUUAUUUGUCCAGUACGUACAGCAAGACAAUGCUACAGUACCACCACGCAUUUUCUUCCGCCGCACUAUUUGCUUCGCUGCCCUUUACAGUUUUUGCAUCGGCGCUGCCUUCCUGUCCUCUGUCUACUUCUUACCCAUCUGGUUCCAAGCCGUGAAAAACGCCAGUCCCGUCAGCUCGGGUAUCAUGAAUCUACCAAUGCUGAUUUCUGUUGUGCUUACUUCCAUCGUAUCGGGAAUCAUCAUCACCCUCGUCGGUUACUACACCCCCUUUAUGAUUUUCGGUACAGUCCUUCUCACCAUCGGCUACGGUCUCAUGAGCAUGUUCCACGUGGACACAUCCAAAGCUGUUUGGAUCGGCUAUCAGAUAGUUGCCGGCGUCGGCGUCGGUGCAGGUAUGCAGCAAUCUAUGAUCGCUGUCCAGGUUGUCCUUGAUCUUGCUGAUAUACCCACCGGCACAGCUAUCAUCGUCUUCGCCCAGACGCUUGGUGGUGCGCUCUUCGUUUCUAUUGGAAACAACGUUUUCAGAAACAAACUUGUUCAGUAUCUCGCCAGGGACAUGCCCAACCUGGACCCGGCUGUGAUUCUCAAUACGGGCGCCACUGGCCUCCACAGCGUUGUCAACAAGGCUAGCCUGCCCGGGGUCCUCGUUGCUUACAAUGACGCCCUUACCCAGACCUUCCUUGUCGGCGCAGCUAUAGCCUCGAUCAGCAUUAUCGGCGCUUUGGGUAUGGAGUGGAAGAGUGUCAAGGGAAAGAAUCUUGGCCCAGGAGGGGCCGCAUGA